CUCCAGAUAAGAAAGCAUCAUCUUGAACAAAAGAUGAUCAAAAGUAUUCCCACAAUUCAUUCUUCCUUUGGGAAAAUUAUCUCCUCCAUCAACAACAAGGGAUGACAUCGGCAACAGUUCUACAACAUCUACCGUUGUGGCUAUCCAACAAAAUCCAAUUAAUUUCAGAAAGUGGAGAAUAUACCACUUGCAAUGAUGACAACUUUGGCCCGGUUUCAACAUGUCGAUUCUUCGAUUUCACAUUAACAUUUCAAAACUUCAUCCUUGUCAUCUCUUCGGCUACCUUCAUUUUUGCAUCACUCAUACAACUGCUCUUUCUCAUACAACUCCCUGUCGUUGGCACUACUUCACAAAAAUGGCAACCACUCUUCCGCAACAAAGCUUGGGAUACGUCGGGCUUAUUGAGGCUUGCAUUUGCAACCAUUCAAGCCAUUCUAUCAGCAGCAGUACUCGGGCUAGCAACAGAUGAUCAUAAUCUCAAAGACGCAUUGGUGCCUUCUUCCGCAACACCUGGAUAUACACUAGCAUUCGUGGCAUCUGCUAUUCAAAUCCCAUUAACGAUCCUAAGUCGUCAAAGGCUUUCCGGUGGUUCAAUCAUACUGCCGAUCUACAUGUUUGCAACGGUCUUCACAGAUGCAAGUAGGCUAAGAACAUAUGCAGCAAUUGACCAAAUCGAGCGUACUCAAUUCUUCCGGCUUUGCGUUGCCCACUUGAUCUUUAAAGGUCUUGCAUUCUUUGCUGAAAAUACUACCGGUUUACCUGAUGCAGAUGGCACACCAGACUCUCGUGCAAGUUUCCUAUCAAGAAUGACAUUUUACUGGCUAUUGAAAGUCUUGUGGACAGGAUUUCGACGUCCGUUGGACAUGGUCAAUUUGGAAAUGUUGGGAUCAGAGUUCGACAGUGAAAGCUUAGGAAAGCGUUUACAGGAAAAAUGGAACAAACAAAUCUCAAAAGCGGUAAAGAAAGCCGUCAAGAAAGAGGCACGUCAGUCUCAUAACAUGCAUGCAACAACUCCUUCAGUGGAUCUUGACGGAAUCGAAUUGGAUGAAUUGCCUUCUUCUCCCUCAAACAACAAGACCCAAACUGUCAACCGGGCCGCAGUCGAAGAGGCUGCUUCUGAAUCUAGUUCACUUCUCUUACGUUCAUGCUUCAAGGCAUUUCCGUUUGCGAUAAUGGCACCAGCAGUACCUGCAUUGGUACACAUCGGGGUUCAGUUAACCCUACCAUACCUUGUCAGCAGAACACUAGCAUUUGCAGAAUCCCAAUUGAAUGAAAAUGAGUCACAACCUUCGGCGUAUGGAUGGGGAUUAGUGGGUGCAUACGGUUUCACAAGUCUCAUUGAUGCUUUUGCUUUUGGUCAAUUUUAUUGGCUAUCUGACAAGGUACAAAUACGGAUGCGUGGUGCUUUGAUUGAUAUCUUGUAUCGCAAAUCUCUACGUAUACAUUUGAGCACCGCAAAUGAGCUAGGUGGAGGAUCGAUUGCCAAUUUGAUGUCAGUUGAUAUGGAGAGGUUUUGCAAAGUGAUCAUCCCAUUUCACUUUCUGUGGACUGGUUUGUUGCAAGUGGCUAUAUCUGCGUACCUUCUCUACCUGCAGCUUGGCUGGAGUUUUUUGGCUUCGAUUUUCAGCAUCAUCAUUUGCCUAACCAUUCCGCCAAUCGUUGCUCGUGGCCUUGGUCCUCGACAAAGGUUGUGGAGUGCAUCAACCGACAAAAGAGUUAAUCUGAUCAGCAGUGCAGUCAAUAAUGCCAAAGGUGUCAAAUUUAUGGCAUAUGAGAAAUUUGUCGCAAAAAAGCUACUCGAAGCUCGGGAAGAAGAACAAAAAGCUGGAUGGUCAUACAUGUGUUGGAUUAUCAGUAUCGGUGUCUUUACGAAUUUGGUCAAAGAGUUCACUGCAUUAUUUACGUUCACGACCGUCUUUCUCGUCGACCACAUCACUGGCUCUCACCGGUUCACGAUCAACAAUAUCAUCACUUCCCUUACCUUACUCAGUUUGAUGGAAGUGCCUUUGCUUUUGAUAGGACAGCAGUAUGGUUCCAUUGUUGCUGCUUUGGUUUCUCUCAAGCGUAUUCAGGUCUUCUUGGGUAAGCGUGAAAGGCCACUCAUUUCUGCAGGAAAUGUGCUUUCAUCGACAGAUCCUCAAGAUAUCGUGGGAGGUCGACCGGCAAGCAUUGCCACCACACCGAGUGUUGGAAAAGGGCAAAUUGACCUUCAAAGUUUAGCUUCGAUCGAUGAGUCAAACGUAGCGGCAUCCUUCCAUUCUGCCUCUUUGGGAUGGUCACCGAAAGGUAAAGCGGUGUUGGUGAAUGUCUCAGUGCAGAUACCCGUUGACACACUCACCAUGAUCUGUGGGCCUAUUGGAUCUGGAAAGACUACUUUCCUACAGGCACUUCUUGGGGAAGUAGAUGUGUUGGGUGGGCAAGUACGUUUGCCUUUACUCCGAGAGAGCGUAGCGUAUGUCGCUCAAGAUGGAUGGCUACAGGAGAAUGCUACUAUUCGUGACAACAUCACCUUGCAAACCCCGUUUGAGCCUGAGCUAUAUCAAACGGUGAUCUAUGCAUCAGCCCUACACGUUGACCUGAUGCAACUCGACAAACAUGAUGACACAUUGGCGAAGAAUCUGUCUGGUGGUCAACGACAACGGUUGGCAUUAGCAAGAGCUCUGUAUGCACAGACUGAUACCUACAUUAUGGACGACUUCACAAGCGCUUUGGAUGCCGAAACAGCUGCUCACGUUUGGAAUGCACUUAUGGGGCCUGUUGGUCUUUUACGCAACAAAACAGUAAUCUUUGCCACAAAUGCUGUACCAUUUUUAAGCAAGGCAUCAAUGAUCAUUCGGUUGCAAGGUGGCAAAGUGGUAGAGGUGGGGAAACCACAAGAUUUAUCAGAAGACGCACGAGAUGCGAUCUCACGAGCAUCAAUCGAUGAACGGGAAAGAGCAAAUGCAGAAGCUAAAAAGGCGAUGAAGUACUUGGAAAAUGCUGAACGAAAGGAUGCAAAGCAUGAGGAAGUGGAGCAUGGAAAGAUUAAAUGGGUUGUUUAUAAACAAUGGAUUUUAGCAGGGGGUGUAUUUGCUUGUCUUUUCGUUUUGGGAUUUGGGUUGUUAUUCAUCACUGCUUGCAAAAAUGGAUGGGUGGUGUACCUUCAAUAUUUUUCACGAUCACAAGAUACAAUCCUGGGUGUCAAAGAGAAAUGGGCUUGGCUUGGUGGUUUUAUCGCCAUCAUCUUACUCACAAUGACAGCACUUCCAAUAAUCGAGUUUCUAGCCAUGGCAAUCUGCUUCCUUCGCGUUGGUCGAAAGAUGCAUGCAAGGGAGGUCAAAGGGGUUUGGAAUGCUGGCGUAAAAUUCUUUGAAGCGAACCCGCCCGGCGUGAUCAUCAACCGAUUUUCACAGGAUAUUUUUGUGCUGGAUUGGGAAUUAACGAUGGCUUUGACAAAUUUCAUGUUUGCCAUUUUUGAGCUUAUGUUUCAACUUUUGCUACUCAUCAUUCCUGUUCCAGUCUUAAUGGCUGUGCUUGCGAUUGUUGCAAUCGCAUAUAUUGCCAUUCAAAAACUCUAUGCUCCCGUCAGUCGUCAAUUGCGCAGACUGGAAAUGGCAACCAAAAGUCCACUUUACUCACAAAUCUCUGAGACAUCACAAGCAACCGGUUUGGCCACUAUUCGAGCAUUAGGACGACAAAAAACGUUUGUUGAUAUCAAUGCAGGCAGAUUAGAUCGAUCGCAACAACCAUACUUCUACUUGCAGGCAAUCCGAAGGUGGUUACUAACUUCGCUCAAUUUGCUGUCACUCGUUGUCAAUGUCGCAUUGAUUACGCUUAUCGUGCUGCUCAAAAAUACGAAGAAUGUUGCUGUUUUAGGUGCAGGUUUGGUAAACGCAACGCAAUUGGCAAUGAUGUUGAACAUCGCUUUGGUGUCGUAUACGGAGGUGGAAAUCGCAAGCGUGGCAAUAGAGAGGAUCCUCGGUUUUGCUUCUUUGGAGCCGGAGGAGAAGGCACUGUCCAAUGGAAAGAUGCGAGAAACGUUGGAUCCCAAGAGUGUGAUUGGGGAAGUGGAAAUUCGUGAUCUCAGUAUCACAUACCCUGAAGCAGCGAAGGCUGCCUUGCGUAAUUUGAGCUUGAAGACCAAGCCUGGAGAAAGGAUUGGGAUCUGUGGAAGAAGUGGUUCAGGGAAAAGUACACUUCUGUUGGCUCUCUUCAGAAUGUUAGAGCCCUCUGAAGGAGAAAUUUUACUGGAUGGAAAAGCACUGCAAACCUACACUGCGUUCUCUCUGCGUAACAGUCUGACAAUCGUUCCACAGAAUGCUCUCGUCUUAUCUGCCACUGUUCGAGAGAAUCUUGACCCGUUGAACGAUCAUGAAGAUUCAGCAAUUUGGGAUGCACUCGAGACGUGUCACUUGUUAGACGUUGUUCGUGGGUUUCCCAACGGUCUGGAUACGAAGUUGGAUGCAAACUUCAAUCUGAGUGCAGGACAAAGACAAUUGUUCAAUCUUACUCGUGCUUUGUUGAGAGGGAGACGUGUUUUGGUACUUGAUGAAGCAACAAGCUCGAUGGAUUACGAAACAGAUGCAGCCGUUCAAGAUAUUCUACGAACGCAAUUCAGUCAUUGUACAAUCUUUACCGUUGCUCAUCGAAUUGCCACCGUGAGGGACUAUGAUCGGAUCUUGGUUUUGAGUAAUGGGGAAAAGGUGGAAUUGGACUCGCCCGACAAGCUGAUGCAAGACCCAAAUAGCACCUUCCGUGCUCUGGCGGUUGAACAGGCUGCAACCAGUGAUCAUUGGACAAACUACGUUCCCAAUAAAAAUGAAAAUAAUCAAGACCCAGCAGAUGCUCCACCAAAUGACUCACAUAGAACUCUGAAUAGAAAAAGCAAAGUUGCCAAAAAACCUCGUCUAGCCUAUAUCCACUCAGAAAUACCUCUCGGCCAUACCAGUCGAAAGGAAUUUAUUCCACUUUUAGAUCAACGUGAUCAUCAUGAAAGAAACGUUAAUGCAGCUUUGAUUGGUGGCUUGGCCUUUCGCAUGGACAAGAAUACAGUUGGAGUUAGUCAAGCAAUGAUGAAUCAUGCGUAUGAGCAUCGUCUGAAAUCACAAGAGACACAAAGGCAAAUGGACCACAUUAAAUCACAAGGCCAUAUUAAUCGACUUCAGGAAAGAAUGGAUCGUCAUCUUCUUAAUAAAGAGAGAUAUCCCAAAGAGCAAAGCAUGGAGGCUAAGUAUCAGGAACGAAAGCGGCUUCAGUAUGAGCGAAUGCGUGGAAGACAGCGAGCUUAUUCCGACCGCAUAAGAGAAAGCAAGAGACGCAGAUUAAGCGAACCAGACCUGAACAUUCCUCCUUCACAUAGCAACAGCUAA